ACCGGCGCGAGAGCGGAGCGAGGCUGCGCCCGGGCACCGCCCGUUUCCUGGCCCACGCCAGCGCCUGGGGCUGUCUGGCCACCCUGUCCGCCCACCGAGAAGAUCCCAGGACUGCCGUUUGGGAGCUGUCUGCCCAUCAGUGAUGGCCCCUUGGACAACAGCACUGGAAUCCCCUUCUUCUAUGUGACACCCAAGGACCCCGUGGUGGCCGAUCUGAUGAAGAACCCCAUGGCCUCGCUCCUGCUGCCGGAAUCGGAAGGAGAGUUCUGCAGAAAAAAUAUCGUUGACCCAGAAGACCCCCGCUGUGCCCGGUUGACGCUCACUGGCCAGAUGAUCGCAGUGUCUCCAGAAGAAGUAGAGUUUGCCAAGCAAGCCAUGUUUUCAAGACACCCAGUGAUGAGGAAGUGGCCUCGUCAGUACGAAUGGUUCUUUAUGAAGAUGAAGAUAGAACACAUCUGGCUUCAGAAAUGGUACGGAGGAGCAGCCGACAUUUCCAGGGAGGAAUAUUUCAAAGCAGUUCCAAGAAAGGCCUGAUGGAGCACGAAGGCAGUCCUUGAUGCUUGCAUCGAACGAGAGCCUUUUAAGUGAUGCUGCCAGGACAGACAGGAAUUGACUGCUGUCUCUUUUGUCGAAGGGUUCACAGCAGAGCGAGAGCAAGUCACCAGUGUCCCCUGUGCUAGACUGGAGAUCGAAGUGGCCAUUUGCAAAUGCCCAGUUCACACGGGUACUUCACAUAGUCUGUCUACAGGUGUUCAGUCCAGACUCACCUGGAAUCAUUGUCAAAGUGACCCACUGAGACAGUUGCUGUUCCAUUCUUUAAAAAAAAAAAAAGUAUGCCUGUACCUACGAUGUGACUGCUUUGUAUUGUGAGAGUAUCUUUGUUGCUUCUUGUGCCAAAUGCUGCGUCCUGGUUCUAAGCUCAUUGCAACCACCGAGGAACCAAGGAUUGGCCACUGCUGCUUACAAAAAAAAAAAAAACACUGAAAUUUCAUUCUUACUACAGAUUUUAAAUUCUCUACAGAUUAUAUGCAGGAGCUCCAGGUGUUUGCAAGAAACUACAUUGUACCGUGUACGCAUCUGAGGCCUACAAGGACCUACGUGUACACAUCCCAGACCUCUUAUAUUGAAACAAAGGAUCUAGCAUUACUCAGUUUUCUGCCUCUUUAUAAUGGCUCUAAAUUAGCCUCUUUGGUGGGUCAGGUAUGUUGCAUAACAUAAAAACACAACACUAUAUAUAGGAAAUGUACAUUUAAAAAAUAACUAAUCAUGUUAUUAAUGAUUAUACUUUUGUUUAAAAAAUUAAGAUAUGAAAAGACUUUGAGUUGUCAAAAUAUUUUUAAGGGUCUGGUCCUAAAAGCAUAGUAAGAUGCACAGAAUUCUUUAUUUAUCAAAAGUCAAAUCUCAGAACCUCAGAAGCGUUCCUAACACUAGCAAUUUCUAAUAUGUGAGAACAAGGUAACUUUGAAGAUCUUUCAUAUUUUCAGAGUUUAAAAUGAUUGCUACCCCCAUUUAGAAGUAAGAGGGGAAAACUGGAAGGAAGCCACAUGCUCCAUUAGCCAACCUCAGAUCUUAAUUCUUUGAGCAUCUCUGUCUCCAGGUCCCACCUGAAGGAUAAUGUCCCUAAUGCUAGCUUUGCUUUUGCAAUCGGGUUCCACUUAGCUCGUUAGAGCUCACUCUGCGGCUUCAAGGAGUUUUGCAGUGUGGGUACCAUUUGUAACCCCAGAUGAAUGUUAUCAAUAAUUUCUCCAAAUUACAGGGAAUGCAGUCUGAACAGGUUGGAUGAUACGAUUGAUACAGAGUAUUGAAAAGGCAUCUGUUUGAGAAUGAUGGGUCCCACUCAGGCCAGUUAGUUUCAGCAAAUCUCUAGAAAUUUACAUUGAUUAAAAUGUAAAAGGCUGUACUGGAAAUCCUGGACAAGGCAGUAAGGCUAGAAAAAAAAUAAGAUGCGUAUGAUUGGAAAGAAAGUAAUAAAAGUAUCCUUGGUAACAGGUGACAUGAUUGCCUACAUAGAAAAUUCCAAAUAAUCUAUUAAAAAAAAACAAAACUCCUAGAACUAGUGAGUUCAGCAAGGUCUGAGGAUACAAGAUCAGCACACACAGUUUAAUCACAUUUCUAUAUAUUAACAAUGAACAAAAUGGAAACCAAAAUUAAAAACAAAAACAAUACCACUUAUAAUCACUGCAAAGGAAAAAAAUACUUAGGUAUAAUUUUAACAAAAUAUGUAAAGUAUAUAUAUGCUGAAAAUUAAAAGAUGUUCAUGAAAGAGAUCAAAACCCUAAAUAAAUGGAGAGACAUACCAUGUUCAUGAAUGAGAGGACGCAAAAUAGUAAAAAUGGCAGUUCUUCCCAGACUCUGCUAUAGGUUUAAUGCAGUUUCUAUCAGAAAUCCCAACAAGUUUUUUGUAGACAUAAUCAAGCUUAUUCUAAAAGUUCCAAGGCACAAGCCUUGAAAUAGCUAAAACAAUCUUGUAAAAGAAGACUAAGUAAGAGAAAUCACUCUACUCAGUAUAAAGAUUUAUUAUGUGGCUACAGUAAUCUAGACAGCGUGAUGUCGGUGGAGGCACAGACACAUAGACCAAUGGAACAGAAUGGAAAAUCUAGAAACAGACCCAUAUAAAUUUGCUCAAUUGAUUUUUUUAAAGGGACAAAAGUAAUUCAGUGGAAGGAGGAUAGUCUUUUCAGUGAAAAUGCUGGAGCAAUCAGGUAUCAAAUGAAAAGAGCCUCAACUUAAAUCUCAUGUCUUACACAAAAAAUUAACUCAAAGCAGAUCAAACCCUAAACAUAAACUGUCAAACCACAAGACUUCAAAAAAAGAAAAGAAGGAAAAUCUUUGGGACCAAGGGCUAAGCAGAGAGUUCUUAGACUUGAUGGCAUAAACAUAAAAUCCGUAAAAGGAAAGUUUGAUAAAUCGGACUUUAUCAAAAUUGUAAACUUUUGUUCUGCAAAAGACCAUGUGAAGAGAAUGAAAAGACAGGGUUUAUAGUGGCAGAAAGACCUGCAAACAGCAUGUCCGACAAAGCACUUCUGUCUAUACUACUGUAUACGGAGAACUCUUAAAACAGUUUAAAAAAAUCCAAUUAGAAUGUGGAGAACGUGAGCAAAAGUUUCUCAGGAGAGUCUGCACCAAUGGCGGAUUAGCACACAAACAGACCCUCAACAUCAUUAGUCACUAGGGAGCCGCAAAUUAAAACCCCGAUGAGGCACCUACUAAAAUUGCUAAAAUAUAGUAACAACACCAAGUGUCAUCAAGGAGGCAGAGCAGCGGGACCCACUGUUGCUGGUGAGAAAGUAAAAUGGCACAACCACUUUGGAGACCCAUCUGGCAGUUUCUUAUAAAACUAGACAAGCAGCUGCCAGGCCGCUCGGCACUUGUUCUCCUGGGCACUUAUCCCAGAGAGAGAAAAACUCAUGUUCCCACCAAAACUAGUGCCUGAAUGUUCACAGCAGCUUUAUUCGUGAUACUCAAAAUCUGUCCACAACCAGAUGUCCUCUGACAGGUGGCUGGCGAGACAGAUCGUGAAACAACCACGCCGUGGAAUACUACUCAGCAAGAAAAACAGUUUCUGAUACAAGCAACAACUUGGCUGAAUCUUCAGAUAAUUAAGCUGAGUGGAAAAGCCCACCCCUGAAGGUUCCAUACUGUACAAUUCCAUUUAUAUAACACCUUGAAAUGCAAAAUUCUAGAAAUGGAGGGACAGAUGAGGGGUCUCCGAGAGGAGGGUGGAGAAGGGGAGAGGUGGGUGUGUCUAUAAAAGGGAUGGCUACUGGGAUGGAAAUGUUCCCUGUCUUGGCCGGAUCAGUGUCAAAAUCCUGGCUAUGACAUUACAUAGUUUUGUAAGAUGUCCCCACUGGAGGAAAAUGGGUAAAUGAUCUCUAUAUUAUUUCUUACAACUGCAUGUGAAUCUACAAUUACCAGCAGCGACCUCAGAAUCUACAAUUCUCUCAGAGUAAAAAGUUUACUAUCAACAAAAUUGAAGGCUUAGCUUAAAUAAGGCACUUAUGCUCUCUCUUGGGGGUUCCUAAUGAAAUGAAAACUGAUCUGUGUGCUGAAACCGAGCAGAAAAGAACACAUUUGUUUUCUUUAACCAGUAAUGUGUGCAUUGGUAGAAGAGCAAGAAGAUUUCUUUAAAAGACUUCAAAAUAUAUUCAAUUUAAUCUUGAAUACAAAUUAAGAAGAAUUCGCAAACCUGCUGUAGAGGUGUUAUGUGGGACCCUUACAAGGGGAGGGUAGCUCCCAGUUUCUGACAAACAAUUUGAGUAAGCUAGCGGUGUACACGGCUAUCCAUAUCUUUAUGUAGUGAUUCUCCACUGAUGUUUAUAGCAGAAAACAAAACAAAACAAAACAAAACCAAAACCCCCCCCUAUAUUUCUAGUAAUCUUUCUCUAAAUAUUCUGGGAGAGAAUUCUUUUGUUUCUGUGAAUAAGCUGUCUCCUGACCCCCACUUUUUUAUUUACCGUGAUUGCACGUGUCCGUGAUGUUGACAGAGAGUGUAAUUUGAUGUUACCUGUUGCACUUUGCCUUGUAUAUAUAUUGACUUGUUAUAAAAGAGUUGUUUUUCGGUUGAAAUGUAUUUCUACAAUCUUUCCAAAAAGUCUGUAUUUCACUGUUAAUCAUUUAACCAGCAAACACCGUUCUGAAAAUAAAAGUUCUCUAGAAUAAUUACUGAUGCUUAUUUGAUUGCUUGUAACAAGUCAGUUGUUAUAAAAUUUGAAUUGUAAUGAAGCCGUGGUUUGCGCUUUGUAAUGCAUGCAGAGUGUAAAAUCUAUUUUCAAAACUAGGUGUGUCUGUUCAACCAAAGACUGUUUCACUCCUGAUACGAUUUCCAUGCUCGAUUAAAGAAAUUUAUAAGAUU